AUAAAUAAAACAUGAAUAACAAGCCCCUAUACAAACGAAAAUGUCAUCACGUUCCCAUGAGCAAGCACUGGCCGCCCUGCUAUCCCAACUUGCUCUCUCCUUCGACGGAGCAAUUCUCGGGGCAGCUCUUGCCUACGCCGCCGUACGUUCAAUUCUCAAUUACACUGCAAAUUCCAAAUCCCUUGCCAAAAUCAGCAAGGCACCCACUCUCUCCCUCUCCGACCUCCGAUCGCUCCUUCAAAAUCACGAUCAAGACCACCAGGACCAUGAGCAGAACCUCGUAAUUGUCAGAGGAAUCGUUGAGGCUAAAUCAGCCGUUGAAUGGACAUGGAAGGAGAGCUUUAGACCCCCCAAUGUCUUGCUUUCUCAUAAUUCUGCUUAUAAGGCGGUUAUUCUUCAAAAAACUCAAACUUGUAUAUACAACGAAUGGAAGGGCUUUUUAGGAUGGACUUCCGAGUUGCGGGCUAUCUUUGGCAGAUCUUUGAAAGAACAAGAAACAACCUUAUUAAGAACGGUUCCUUUUAUACUAGUUGAAGGUGCUCAAUGGCCACGGUCUGAUUAUGUUAUCGUGAACAUGGUCGGAUCAGUACACCCCCUACCUCUUACGACUGUUUAUCAUCAGUUGCAACGAAUUGCUGCUUCUCGUUAUACAUUCAUUCAGGCACUUUUUGGUCAUGAAUACCCUGUUGGGGUGCUUCACGAGGAGAAAAUCCUGCCAUUAGGGAAGUGUAUCAGUGCUGUUGGCAUUUGCAAUUCUAGAAAAGGAAUUCCUGAGAUAAAAUCUUGCAAGGAUCUUCCCUAUUUUCUGGCUGACAUUACCAAAGAUCAAAUGGUGGCAGAUCUUGCCUUCACGGCGAAAAUACAGCUAUGGAGUGGUAUUGUUCUUGGUUCACUUUCAAUUGGGGUCCUUGGCUUCGCUGUUAUGAGGAACUGGAAUAAAUGGCAAGCGUGGAGGCAAAGACACUCUCACCUGCCGAGCCAUACUACCAUUGAUGCAGAUGUCUCUCGGAUUGAUGAAGAUGAAGCAGGAGAUGUGCCAGAUGGACAGUUGUGUGUGAUCUGCUUGACGAGGAGAAGGCGAUCUGCAUUCAUUCCCUGUGGGCAUCUUGCAUGCUGUCAUUUCUGUGCUAUAUCAGUUGAAAGUGAGGCAAGUACUGCCCUGUUAUUUUUCCUUUUUGGGAAAAAACUGGCAGAUAUCAGCCAUCUCGGUCGGAGAAAACAGUCUCAAGAGCCAAUUAAUUGGUUUUUCGUAAUUGCAUCUAUGAUGGGAAAGGUCGAGAUUGGAAGGGAAUUUGUCAUUGUUAUCGACCCCUGUCGAAGGAGAAGGUAGAGUAGGUUACAUAGUGCUGGGAAAGGAGCAAAUGUUUUGUGCUGCACUUGUGUAAUAUCAUCACUAACAAUAUCAAAGAUCAUCACUAACAAUAUCAAAGACGAUUUGUAACAGAAGCACUUCCAUAGUCUACCAAAAAAACAUAACACCUUUACAUGAAGAGAACAAGAUGCUGCUAAAGUUUCGACUCACUUCCUUUCAUAUCUAACUUCCAUAGUGAACAAAAAGAAACAGGCUGCCCUUUCCACCAUAACCCCACACAGCCAUCUUUCCCUUCCCCUCUCAUCUCCCAGUUACUAUCAUACUUCCUCAACAGUGCUCGAGCUCCAUCAAUGGCGUCUUCUCCAAACAACUCGCCAACAAAUCCCACCCCUCUCAUCCUCUCACACCAUUUUUCUUUUCCUUCAUUCAUCUCUCCACGAUUUGUCAAGGCCUUCGCUGCCUCGCCUUCCAUCAUCCGUCUUUCGACACUCUCUCGGCCUUUGAAAGCUGAGCUUGUCGAGUCCAAAAAUCUCCAUAAAUACUCUACUCUCCUUGAAAAUCCUGUUGCAAAAUCCCCACAACUGUUGCAGCUACAAUCCAUAUUGUUUUCGGUGAGUAUCACGCCUUUUGGCUCCAACCUUCUCAGAACUCUCAAGAACUCAGUUCUUUCAUCUGGUGUGUUGUGGUUUAAAUGAUGGAGUCUGAAUUGCGCACAAACUAUUAAUGCUUCGUCGGGUUUGGUGUCUAUUAUUCGUCCACUAAGUUUUUGUAAUGAGUGGUUAUCAAGCCUUUUGAUUUGCAAAUUGAUGUUCAUAGACUUGGCAAAACCUAGUAGUCUGGAGGAAAAAUUGUCUCCAGGUGGACCUAUUGAAAACGGGGUCUCAGUGGUUUGAUCAUUUUCAGAAGCGGCCGUGAUGACUGUGAUGCGUACUAGAGGAGGAGGUCCUCCAGGACGGCGAGUCAAGGCCUCAAGAAGUGUAGGCCACUGUACACCAUGGGAUACCCCAAUAUCAAGAACAUGAAGGUUUCGCCUAGGAUCUUGUUCCUGUGCAAGAACUUGAAGGAUAGAUGCAUUAGCAAUGUUGUGAGGGAAGGCAAACCAAGGACUCACCUCGUAGAAUUUGAGUAAAGAUUUUUGAAAGAACUUUGGCUCAGUAGAAGCAAAAGUAAUGGUUCCUGUAGAUGCUGAGGACAAGGUUGAGGAGGAUGAUAGGUGGUGAGUCAGUGCUCGAAGACCAUAAGCUGCUAGCCUGUGGUUAGCAUCGCCAGUUAAUGAGGCUAGCUCAUGGAGUACAUACAGAAGGUGCUGCACCCGUGACAUGUUUCCAAUAGGGAUAGCGGCUGCACAAGGAUUGAGUAACUGUUCUGCCCAUCUCCCUUCCUUGUUGUUACCGUUAUUGCCGUUAAUACCUGUACCCUUGUUGGUGGUUUUCUUAUUUCCAUUUGAUUUUUUCACUACUACCACUGCUUCACCAUCUUGCUGUUUCUUGUUUAUCCAAUUAUUUGGAUUCUUUCUCUGAUGAUGAUUCUGGGACGUUUUGGUAACCGGGUCUUCAGGAUCUUUCCGUUUCUUGUUUGAAGUGGUCGAUUGUGGGUGAUUAGAUAAGGUGGGAGCAAUUGGUGGUACUAGGCUAGUUGUAUUGAUAUUUGUGGUGGUGCUUGUGGUUAUGCUGCUGCUGAGACUAGCGUUGGUGUUGACUAGAUCCUGGUAAAACUCUUCUGCUUGAUCCCACCAUUGAUAGGGAUUGGUAUCGGCUGUGUUGUACGGAUCAUCAAAGUAAGAUGGCACGAACGAUACUGAAUCCUCUAGCCAAUCCAAUACGUGAUCUGAUGUAUGGCUUGGCUCUGAUUCUUCAAUGGUCAUUUUCUGCUUGACACAGGAUGGAAAAGGUGCAAUGGAACAGAGGACAGAUCUCGUAGACUUAAUUUCUCUUUCUGGAAGGAGACGGUAGAGAGCAUAUUCUAUAGGGUUCGGUGUGCUGUUCAUUUGGAGGUUGUGAUGUUUUAUUUAAGCCAUAGGAGAUAGAGAUUAGAGAACAUGAACUCUUCUUUUGUUUUUGUUAUUAACUUAUUCUCUUGUUAUGUCAGAGUGGUUGAGAUCUAUGCAACGAUGAUGUUCGCAGAAAGAGCCUUGGGGAAUUGUGAUUGGUGUUGACUAUUUGGAUUCUCAAGAGACGGCAAACUAUGUCUUUGCUAAUUUAAAAUUGCAAUUUCAUGUUUGGUUCUGUUUUGUACCAUUUGUGGUUUGGUUUUGUCUCUGGAUUGAAAUAGACCUAUCCACUACAACCAAGUUUCUAGUUUUGGACUCCCAUGGAAGAUACCCCAUUGUUGCUUAGAAUUUGUUAAGAGCCCUCUUGUUCUAUGACUUGAGCCCGCCCGAAGUGGAAUGAACCUCGACCAAAUCAAUUCUCAGUUUUGACUCUUCCAUUGUUGCUUUGUUAUUUUCAGGUAAAUAGUAACACCUACUGUCUGGAAUCAAAUCCUUUCCUUUUUAUUUUA